ACCAUACCAAAGUAGUAGAAGGGUUGAAGGAAACGGGUUAGCGACAGAGGUAGAGAGACUUAGAGAUGGAGGUUGAAGGAUCAUCGAAGAAGAUGAUAGCGACGCAAGAAGAGAUGGUUCAAGCUAGGGUUCCUCUUGCCUACAGAGACCAAUGUGCCAACCUCCUCACACCUCUCAACAAAUGCAGGGUUGCAGAGUUCUACCUCCCAUGGAAGUGCGAGAACGAGCGUCACACCUACGAGAAAUGCGAGCACGAGCUCGUUAUGGAAAGGAUGUUGAAGAUGCAGAAAAUCAGGGAAGAACAGGAGAAAUUGAAGCAGCAGCAGAAGCAAGGGAUUCCACUGAUUCCCAACGUUGCCAAUGCCUGACCGGGUCGCAUCAGGUGACAUCUGAGCUGAUGAGGUGUUAAUCAUAUACACUCUCUUCUGUUGAGGAUUGUCCUUCUGGAGGCAUAUGGUGGGGGUGCACUAGUAUUGUCUAUAUGGGAGGAGAGGAGUUUGAUGCCGUUUCAGGAGGUCCAAAGGUCUGUUGACAGAGUUUAUGGAGCACCACUGUUUUUUGGCUCAUUGGCUUUCAGAGGUUGACUUCUUUGGGGCAUCUCUAUAAAUAGCCUAAUCUGGGACUUGCUAAUUUUCCACUUUAUUUUUCACACCUUGUGAUGCUGUGGUGACUUCCCUUGAUUAUGAAUCCAAGACCAGGCACUACUGGGGUCGUCCAGGCCUAAACUGGAUAUUUUCUGUUUUGAUUCUUGGAGCUUGCUGUUUUUGCCAAUUCAGUUUGGACUAAGUUCUGGCCAUUAUUGAAGCACUUUUGACAAUGAUUUUCUUGGGCCUUCAGUUUUUGUUUUGUGGAAAGGUGACUCUGGGCUGGUCAUUGGUUGGACGUGUAACUGGUGAUUGUCCUUCUAUGCUUUAAAUAAGGAUGUAUUAAGGAAGCAAGGAUGUUGAAUUGCUGAUC